ACUGGGCUAUAUGCGGACAACGAAGGGAAGCAAGCCCUACCGACCGAAGCCCAAGAUAAUUUCACGGCGAACUCUCGAGAUGGAGAACGGCAGCGGCAACGGGACCACGGCGGAGGGGGCGGUGGUAGGAGUCGUAGGACGGCUGACGGCGGCGAAGAGGCAAUCGGGAAAGAACUACUCGCAGAUAGCGGCCGAGACGGGGCUCACCAACGUCUACGUCGCCCAGCUGCUCCGCCGCCAGGCCCAGCUCAAGCCUGGCACCGCCGACGCCCUCCGCGCCGCCAUCCCCGCCCUCACCGACGACCUCGUCGCCGAGAUGAUGGCCCCGCCCUUUCGCUCCUUCCGCCCCGACCUCGUUCACGAGCCCGCCGUCUACCGAUUAAAUGAAGCUGUUAUGCAUUUUGGAGAAAGUAUCAAAGAGAUCAUCAAUGAGGAAUUCGGUGAUGGCAUUAUGUCAGCUAUAGACUUCUACUGUUCAGUUGACAAAGUCAAGGGUGUUGAUGGAAAAGACCGAGUGGUUGUUACUUUUGAUGGCAAGUAUCUGCCUUUCAGUGAGCAGAAAUCUGAACACAUGGUUUCCAAGUUGAAGCAUUGAGAAGUGUGUACAAUAUUUUCAAGUGCUGUAUAUGCAUAAUUUAAAAGAAGUCGACUUUCUUUCACAAUAAUGCUUGCAAUGCGAUCACCCAAUUGCAAUACUGUAAUCGGUGGUGACCGAGUAGAACUAAAACUGAGAAGGCAGCUUGAUAUGGUCUCGUUAUGCAAAUUCUAAAAGACAUCGACUUCAGAGUAAAUUCUAUUUGUGCUGGUAUUAUUCUA